AUGGGCUUGGGGCUGCCAAAUCCGUACACACUUGAGCUGGAAAGUACUUUCAAGAAACAGCCUACCUACCGUAUCUCCCUAUUCCUUCCUACCUACCUUGACAACCCCAAAGCCAUACCUCAAGAUUUCUCUUUUCUCUCACCUUUCUUCACCUUAAUUUACCUCAUUGUAGGGCAAGUAAGAUACUUUCAAAGGCGAACUGACGCAGACGCUGCUUACCCCGUCCUGAGAGUCAGAGGUGCACUGGAGAGCUUGAACAGAGGAGAACCUCGCAACUUCGCUGCAGCUGUGGCCGUGACACUGCACCACCCUGAGAAAUCACCCCUGAACACCACCCACCUCAGACACCAGUAUCAGCGCCUUCUGCGGUCCACAGGUGACAUUGGCAGCAACCACACCUCUACAGCCCGCCCGCGACCAUUCUCAACUGUUAACACCGCUGAGCCACGCCCGCGACAGCAACCCAUGCGCAUCCAGGCCCACUCCUGA